AUGGCAGCUCGCAGCGCCGCUCUCAAGGUCGACUGGACCAAGGUCACCACCUCCCUCGGUCUGCGCGGCCAAACCGCCGCCUCUCUGCAGUCCUUCAAGAAGCGCAACGAUGACGCCCGCCGCAAGGUCCAGGUUCUGUCCGAGCAGCCCCAGACUGUCGACUUCUCUCAAUACCGCAAGAUCCUCAAGAACCAGGCUAUUGUCGACGAGAUCGAGAACCACUUCAAGAACUUCAAGCCCGCUUCCUACGAUGUCUCUCGCCAGCUGAAGGCCAUCGACGCCUUCGAGGCCCAGGCCGUCCAGAACGCCGAGCAGACCAAGGGCAAGGUUGAGGCCGAGCUGAUCAACCUCCAGAAGACCCUGGAGAACAUCGAGACUGCCCGUCCCUUCGACGAGCUCACUGUCGACGAGGUUGCCUCCGCUCAGCCCGAGAUCGACGAGAAGACCGCCUCCCUUGUCUCCAAGGGCAAGUGGAUGCCCCCCGGUUACAAGGAGCGUUUCGGCGAUCUGUCUGCCGUUUAA